AUGUACGGUAGAUUGUUUGCAGAUCAUCAAGGCAAUGCUGCUAUCAAAACAUGGGAUUUUUUUGUUCCACAGUUCCCCUUUUAUGCUGACCAUCCGGAUAGAUUUUGUAACGAGCUUGAAAUACUAACGCGUGAAGACCGACAUCCAUGUUUGAUGAAGUUAAAGGACUUCUGUUUUCAGCAUAUACUUGCACUAGUGCAAUCAAUUGGAUGGAAUGCUAGAAUGAAGGUGGCCACUCAACUUGCAAGCCUCUUCGCCUGGUUUCAUGAGAGGCGAUAUGCAUUUGGUACUGUCAGACCAAAAGACAUAAUGAUUGACAACGACUUCAACAUUAAAGUAUUCGACUUUGGUUUCCUUACUCUAGUCACGAAUGAAGAUAAUUGGGGUCCCUUGCCUUAUCAUGCUAUUCGAGAACCUCCAGAGGCUAGAUAUGGUAUUCAGAAUUUAAUAGUUGAUGUUUACAUAUUUGGUAUUCUACCUGUGGAGUUGAUUGGCAAUAGCUACAUUGGUAUAGAGAAGAAGAUGGCAAUCCACCACUGGAUUCUUAAGGAACUCCAAGGAGGAAAAAGAUCAAUAGUGAAUGAAUCAAUUCUGCAAGAUAAUGAUGAGCUUGCUAAUGGCAUCACAGACUAA